AUGAUUCAACAACAUUCAAGAGAGUAUUAUACACAAGGACAACGUUUCAAUGAUGAAUAUCCUUUAUCAAUUGUAGCUAUAUUAGCUAUUAUUCAAAUGUUAACUACAUUUACUAUUAUUGGUUUUGAAAUCGGACAUAUUCUAUAUAAUAUUCGUUUAACAAAUUUAUUUGUUGGAUUUUGGGCAUCAAUACCAUUUACUAUUUUAUGGAUUUCAAUGUUUGCUACUGUAUGUUGUUGUCGUCGACGAAGUUGUGCUACACAUGCUCUUGUACAAAAUUUUAUUUCAUUUUUAUUUGCAUUUGUUCUAAUUGGUCUUAAUAUUGCUUUUAUUCGACGACCAAAUCAUUGUUUUCUUACUGCAAAUAUAUGUGAUAGGUUAUCCGACUUCAAUAAUGUUCAUUUAUCAUGGGAUUGUUUUUAUGAUGAUCGUUCAGAAAAUUGUGGAUACAUUCGUAUAGCAUUAAUCAAAGCUCAAUUAGCUGCUGGUGUUAUUAUAGCAAUUACAUGUUUUAUAUAUUUUAUUUUAUAUGGUAUUGUUGCUUCACGUAUCUCACGAGUUAGUCGACGUCAAAUGCAUGCACCAGCUGCAGCUGUUAUGGCUCCAGUUUAUCAACAAUCAGUACCAAUGCCAAUGCGUUAUGAACAUCAACCUUAUACAAUGCCUUCUAAUCCAUAUCAACCAUCAGCACCUAAUAUAAUACCAAAUUAUUAUCGAGUACCGCCUGAAACAACACCUGUUAUUACAAAUACGAAUUAUUUACCACCGAAUCAAGGACCAACAUUGUAUCCAAAGAUUCAAAAUGAUCAAUUUUAA